AUGCAAUGGGGGAAACAAUCCAAGGAAAGAUACACUGUCCUUUUAUGUGCGAACUGGUCGGGUACUCACAAACUGAAACCAUUAGUUAUUGGAAAUAGUCGUCGGCCAAGAUAUUUUAAAAACAUAGGCAUUAACAAGCUACCAGUUAUAUGGAAAGCAAAUCGCACAUCAUGGAUGAACUCUACCAUUUUUACAGACUGGAUUCAGAUGAUUAAUAUCCAGAUGCGAAGAGAGAAUCGAAAGAUUCUUCUUGUCCUCGACAAUGCUCCUGUGCAUCCUGCAGAUUUAAAACUGUCGAAUGUUACAUUAAUCUUUUUCCCACCAAACACAACAAGUAAAAUACAGCCACUCGACCAAGGUGUCAUUCGUUGUUUCAAGGCAUAUUACCGAAGUCGAUUAGUGAAACACAUCAUCAAGCGUUGCACAGUUGCAUUAACACCAGAUCAGAUCAUCAUUACUGCCUUGGAUGCAAUUAAUUGGAUAGAUCAAGCUUGGGCCGAUGUUACUGGUCUAACAAUUCGCAACACAUUUUGCAAGGCAGGUUUUCAACAUCGUCAAACAGUUACUAUGAUUAACAACGAUAUGGAUGAAAUUAAUGAACUCACAUUCAAUUCAUCUCUUCCGAGUGAAGAAGAUUCACUUAAAAAACUUGAUAUUCUACUUUCGUAUGUAAAAAUGGAUGAAUUACAACUGACAGCCAUGGAAUUUGUAAAAAUUGACGAAGAUAUUCCAGUAUUUAAUGAAGUUGAUGAUAUUACAGUGCAUUCGUUAACAAUAGAAAUGAACGACAUUCAACAAGAUCAAGAUGAUGAAAUCAUUCAAGAAGAACCUCCAUCACUCACUGAAGCUCUUGAAAUGACUCGAAAGCUGCAUCUGCUCGCAUGUACUUCUCAACCAGAACUUCAUGAAGUCGUCGCUAAUUUAGAAUCAAAACUUAUCGACAUUUACAUCGAUUCAAAGGGCAACAAGCAAACUUCAAUCACAGACUUUUUUCGCAAAACUUGA